GCAUCGAGUCGCUCGCUCUCCUCCAGUAUCAAGCGUUCAUUUCGGAGCUUCGAUGACUUCAACCGAGGAUAUUGGACCCAAAACAAUAUAAAAAUUGCAAAUCGUACACAAGUACCUGGCUGUCAGUCACUCGGGGGCGGUGGGUCCUAUAGGUGGUGUUGAGCGACACAUGUGGAAACCAGAAUGUCUUUCGGAUAUAUAGUCGGUCCACUGAGAUAAGGGGACGCCUAUCAACAGCCUCCUUUGAUCCGUACGCGUCCUCACCGUUUCCUGGAUACCUCAGGGACUAUGUGAGCACCAUGCUGGCAGUGCGAUGCCUGCUGUUCGUCACAGUGAGCGCACAGUGCGCCGCCACAGUCGUAGAUUUUGACGGUGCUUUAAACGGGCUUAAAGGCGUUUGGGACCGGGAGAACCACAUCCAGGAGUCGGAGGUGGUCCGACCCCAGCGGCUCCUCCACAAGAGCCACUCCCACGAGGAAGUGCUCACCGCACACCUGGCCACGCGGGUGCACAACUACACGGCGGGAGAACAGCCCUUCCACCUGGCCCAGGCCAGUUUUGUCCUGGAGGCAUUCGGCACCAAGUUCAUACUGGACCUGGAACUCAACCAUAACCUCCUGUCCUCAGACUACGUGGAGAGGGACCAAGGCGAUGGAAACAGGGGAUCAGAGCAGAACGUGGGAGCAGAGCACUGCUACUACCACGGGCGUCUGCGAGGGGAGCACCGGUCCUGGGCUGCUCUGUCCACCUGCCACGGCCUCCGGGGGAUGUUCUCUGACGGGACGUCCUUCUACGGGGUGGAGCCGCUGGACCCUGGCAGCCAGCAGGUAUACAGGGAGCAUGCAGUGUACCGCAUGGCUGACGUGAACUUGCUCCAGCCCUCCUCCACAGACAACCGCAGUGAGACAGACGCCGAAAUAAAGGACACUGGCGAAAUUCCCAUCGCCAUGGAAACCCUCAGACGCUCCAAAAGACAGGUGAAACCAGGGCAGCGCACCGUCACGACAGAAACCAAGUACAUCGAGCUCAUGGUGGUGAAUGACCACGACCUGUUUGUCCAGCUCCGUCGCUCCUUCUCCCAGACCAAGAACUUUGCCAAGGCUGUGGUCAACAUGGCUGAUGCAAUCUUCAAGGAACAGCUCAACACACGUAUCGUGCUGGUCGCCAUGGAGACGUGGUCGUUGCACAACAUGGUCUCCGUGGGCGACGACCCCUUGGUGACCCUGCGCGACUUCAUGAAGUACAGGAAGGAGAGGAUCCGGGAGCACAGUGACGCCGUGCACCUCUUCUCGGGCAGGACGUUCCUCAACAGUAAGAGCGGGACGGCCUACGUCGGCGGGAUGUGCUCAGUCACUCGGGGGGGCGGAGUCAAUGAGUACGCCAACGUGGGUCCGAUGGCCAUCACUCUGUGUCAGACCCUGGGUCAGAACAUCGGCAUGAUGUGGAACAAGCAGAGGGCCUCCGCAGGAGACUGCCGGUGUCCAGACCCGUGGCUAGGCUGCAUCAUGGAGGACACUGGGUACUACCUGCCGAGGAAGUUCUCCCGCUGCAGUAUAGACGAGUACCUGCGCUUCCUCCAGGAGGGAGGGGGAAGCUGCCUCUUCAACAAGCCCAGCAAGCUGCUGGAUCCUCAAGAGUGUGGCAAUGGCUUCUUAGAGGUUGGGGAGGAGUGUGACUGUGGAUCCUACCUAGAGUGCUCCCGGAGCGGCGGGGCCUGCUGCAAGAAGUGCACCCUUACCCAUGAUGCCAUGUGCAGCACCGGCCUCUGCUGCAGAGACUGCAGGUAUGAGCUGAGGGGUUCGACGUGCAGAGGGGCGGUGGGGGACUGUGAUAUCCCCGAGACCUGCACAGGAGACUCCAGCGAGUGCCCGCAUAAUGUCCACAAGCUGAAUGGAUACACGUGUCAGACUGGGCAGGGCCGUUGCUAUGGCGGACGCUGCAAGACCAGAGACGGACAGUGUCUGUCCGUGUGGGGCUACAACUCCGCGGACCGCUUCUGUUACGAGAAGUUCAACGUGGAGGGCUCGGAGAAGGGCAACUGUGGACGGGACCCUAGCGGCCACGGGUGGCUGCCCUGCCAGAAGCUGGACGUUCUGUGUGGCUUCCUGAUGUGCACCAACCUGACCUCCCGGCCGCGCUUCGGGGAGCAGCAGGGGGAGCCCACCAGCCUGACGGUGUACCACCAGAGCCGCUACAUGGACUGUCGCGGCGGUCACGCGGUGCUGGAGGACGGGUCGGACCUGGGCUACGUGGAGGACGGGACGCCGUGCGGGCCCAACAUGAUGUGUCUGAACCGCCACUGCCUGGCCGUCAACACCUUCAACCUCACGCUCUGCCCCGGCUCCUCCCCCUCCCGCAUCUGCUCCCACCACGGGACGUGUAGCAACGAGGUGCGCUGCAUCUGUGACGCCGACUACACGGGGAAGGACUGCAGCGUGUUCGACCCCGCCCUGCUGCCCACGCCCAUGGAGGGCCCCGAGCAGCACAAAGGGCCCAGCGGCACCAACAUCAUCAUCGGCUCUAUCGCCGGGGCCAUUCUGGUGGGGGCCAUCGUCCUGGGAGGCACUGGCUGGGGCUUCAAGAACAUCCGCAGGGGAAGGUAUGAGUCCUCUGAACAAGAGACCUUCUAAACAUCUUGUGUCUGAACCACAGCCCUCACCCUCCACCUCCCUCGAUUCCAUCAUAAAUAUAACCAAAGCGUCCUACAAUAUAUCUAGCGUCUGUGAGUGCAUACAUAACACAGGACCCUAGUGGGAAUCAAACCCUGAACCCCAGAGCCAAUGCUCUAUAUCAGUUGGCCAAGACGGGAGCUUCAGGAUCUUCUCUUAACUUAACUUCUCCAAUAUGUAGUUUCACCCAACAUUUACAAACACGUUGCAUUCUUCAUUUCCCAAUGCAGAUAUUUUUCCCCUAUUUGUACCCUGUGUUUUUUUAUCAUAGAUGCAUUGCUUUUAAAUGCCCUGUUUUUAAAUUGUUAAACUUGAAUAUUUAGAUUUAUAUCAGAGACUUUUAGAUGGAUGUUUAACUCAAUGGUCGAUUUUUGUCUUUCACAAAACCCUUUAAUUAAUGAAUUAGUAUCGCAUGCUUAGAUAUUUGAUAAAGUCACGUUCGGGUUUGUCAUUUGUAAUCGUCCAAUAUAAGAAUAAAUACAUAAUG